GAUGAAGCCAACAGUAACUCGGAGAUGAUGGCAGUACCACUCCAGCUCUCUCUGGUGUUCGUGUAAUCGCUAUUUUUGAACGCUGUUGAUGAUCAUAAGCGAUGGAGGGUAUUUCCUCUUCCCGGCCCGAGCAUCUGGUGCUGUUAGUGAGUAAGCUGAAGGAAGUGUUCGACAUGUGUGAUGAAGAUGAAGACGGAUUUAUACGAGUUGAGCACUUCGUGCAUCUCGGAAGGCAGUUCGGCCAAACGGACGAGGAGAUAAAGAAGUUUGCGGAGUGUCUGGACCCGAACGCUAACGGCAAGAUCGGCUUCAAAGAUUUCUGCCAUGGGGUGUUCGCCAUUAAAGGUUGUGAUGAGAUCCUGAAGAACGUUCUGGAUUCAACCUCGAUGGACACACACACAUAUCAAACAGACAACAGCUUCUAUUAUCAGAUCGGUGAUGAGAGUGCCGUUACGCUACCCUGCCUGUUGUACCCCCUUGACUCUGAAAUGGACAGCAGCGGGGGGUCCGAGUCCUCUGACGUUCGCCAUGACGACAAAGAGGAAGCCCUUGGCGGACUGUUUCUUCCUGGAAACAGUUCACAUCAACUUGUCUCGUCGGCCGCGGCGUCUGUCAUUUCAGCCGAGGAGCAGUUUGAAGAUUACGGGGAAGGAGAAGAUGUCGAUUUUAUUCCUAGUAGCCCCUGUGCUGAUGACGACACACGGACUAAUGGAUUUUCGGAUCUAGGCUCCUCGCUGCCUUCCAGUGCUGGGCAUACCCCUCAGAAAAUCAGACACUUUUACAACAGUGAGCUGCUGGAUGUUUAUUGCUCCCAAUGCUGUAAGAAAGUGAACUUGCUCAACGACCUUGAGGCUCGACUCAAGAACCUCAAAGCCAACAGUCCAAACAGGAAGAUCUCCAGCACAGCUUUUGGACGACAGCUUUUCCAUCACAGUAAUUUCAGCAGCAGUCAUGGCAGCACUGAGGAUUUAUUCCGCGACAGCAUCGACUCCUGUGACACUGACAUCACUGAGAAGGUGAGUUACCUGGAGAAGAAGGUGACAGAGCUGGAGAAUGACAGCCUUGCAAAUGGAGACCUGAAAUCCAAACUGAAACAGGAUAACACACAGCUGGUUCACAGAGUACAUGAGCUGGAGGAGCAGAUUAAGGACCAGGAGGCACGAGCUGAGCAAAGUUUGGAGGAGGAGCUGAAGAGACACCGAGAGAAUUACAGCAAGAUGGAGAAAGACAAGAGCAACCAAAUAGAGCUCCUCUCUAAUAGAGUACAGCAGCUCGAGGAGGAGAACUCUGAGAUGAAGGUGAACGUUUGCCGAUUAAAGUCUCAGACCGAGAAACUGGACCAGGAGAAGCAGCGCAUGACGGAUAAACUAGAAGACACGAGCCUGCGUCUAAAGGAUGAGAUGGAUCUGUAUCGGAAGAUGAUGGACAAACUGUGGCAGAACAGACAUGAAUUUCAGAAAGAACGAGAGGCCAUGCAGGAAUUGAUCGAGGACCUGCGUCGGGAGCUGGAGCAUCUGCAGGUGUUUAAGUUAGAAACGGAGAAACCUGGGCGUGGUAGAAACUGCUUGUCUGAAUUCAGUGCUAGAACACGCGAGAUCGAGCUGGAGCAUGAAGUCAAACGCCUGCGACAGGAAAACCAUAAACUGCGGGACCAGAACGACGAUCUGAAUGGGCAGAUUCUCAGUCUCAGUCUGUACGAGGCUAAAAACCUCUUUGCUUGCCACACUAAAGCUCAGAGUCUCGCCACCGAGAUUGACAACGCUUCCAGAGACGAGCUGGUCGAGGCUCUGAAAGAACAAGAGGAAAUCAACUUCCGCCUCCGGCAAUACAUGGAUAAGAUCAUCCUGGCUAUACUGGACCACAAUCCCUCCAUCCUGGAAAUCAAGCACUAGACCUGUCCUGAAGAAGUAAAGGUUGGCAUGUUGUGCCACCUUGUGGCCGUGGGAGUGAGGCAUACCAACAUUUCCACCUCACAUCUGUAUCAGGAGAUCAUACUGAAGAGAUAAUUAAAAAAAAAAAAAAACAGAAAAAAAAAACAAGUGAUCCAUCUAGAAUAUAAUGUCAAAUGUAUUCUUCGUUAUACACUCAAUAUUGUGUACACACAUUCCACUCGGGUCUAUUAGUCAGGUUGCACUGAGAACUGUUUUCGAUUGUGUCGGUUAUCUCACACUGCUACACGACGUUGUUCCUCACUUAAAUCAGUCCAGGAUGGUUUGACAAUAAAGCAUCGUACAAAUAGCACUUUGCUGACCAUAUAGCACCUUUGCCAAUGUCUGUUCUAGAACAAUUCUCUGCUUUUCCAUCACCGCUGAUGUCUGAACGCAGCUGAAACGAAACGGAGCAGUUUUAUCUGGAUAGCUCUGUCUCCGGUCAUACUGAGCCCGAUAUUAAACACUGAAAAGACAACAUUGCUGUGCAUCGACAUGCAACGAUUAAACGCCUGCCUCUUACUGCCGUCUGAUUUUUACGACGUCAGCACACACAGGUACAUCCGAUCUAGUCCCGGUAGAUAAAAUCAUAGUCUAGCUGUACCCCCAUGAUGCACUCUGAAAUGUCACGUUAUUAUAAUGAAGAAAUAGGAUUUCCAUCUCAUGUCGUCUUGAGGUUUUUACGAGUUUGAGAUCUGUUGUAAAUUGUAUAGAAAUUAAUCCACUUCUAUUGGGGGAGGGGUGGGGGCGUGGUUUGGUGGUUCACUGAAGCAGCACCGGCUUCAUGUCAGUGUACUAGAGGAACGUACUGAGCCAUAAUCAGUUAUUAGACUUUAUUAUUAUUAUUAUUAUUAUUAUUAUUAUUAUUAUCAUCAUUAUUAGACUGGGUUCUUUUGCAUCUUACACCAGAUGUGAAAAGUUUGGACCCCUGAUAUAACUGUACAUGCCUGUAGAAUGGCGAAUCUUUUCUGUUGCAAUAAGGAAAUGCUGAAGGUUCACCAUCAUGCUGUACAGCAUCAUUUUAAAAAAAAGGACGUAUAGACAGUGUCACUUGUGUCCCUAAACACACUGAGGUCCAUCAUGGAUACUAGCAAAAAUAAAAUUAAAAUUAAAUGAAA